AUGGCCUUGAUCAAUUUAUUGACUUCACUGGAGGACAACAUCAAACAGAACAAAGAAAGCCAUGAAACUGUGGAGGAUUGCAAGGAAUUGGCUAGUGAUCAAGAAAAGGCCUUUGGGAUUGAAAUACUUUCGUGGAAGAAACCUACAAUAGAGUCAAGCUGGAAGGCAAUCCAAGACUCAAUCAUUGAAUAUCUCAAAAGCAUAAACUCAGAGAAGUAUUUAGUCAAUGUCGAAAGCUUACAUGAGGCCUUCAAUUAUAUGAAGCCAUCAACACGUCAAAUUCCGACGCUCACAAACUAUUACGGUCGGUUACCCAAAUAUACGCCAACAACCACAAAGAGUGGGUCCAAACCCUUCUUGGAGAAGAUCAAGAUGUUGAACAAUGGAUUGAAAAUAUUGGACAAAUCAGCACUCGUGUGGGAUGGGGAGACUCAACAGCGAUUCAAGUUCUAUCAAGGUGCUAUGGUGUGA